UCAACUCUUUCACUCCUCACAGCCGUCGCGCCUCUCAAUCUCUCCACUCUCUUCAUCAAGCUUUUGCCGCCAAAGCUUCACUCCAAAAAUCAGAAGAUGAAGACUAAAAAGUCAAGUAAGAAGCGUGCAGCACUGGAGCUGGAUACUCCGGCUAUUAAAGACAAGGUUGAAAUUGGUCAUGGAGAGACUGCAGAUGGAGUCCUUGUUGAUCAGGAUUUGAACGAACCAACCAUGGGAGAAAAACUUGCUAGUUUGAAUAUAGUACCUGAUGAUAGAGUGGAGAGCCAAAAUAAAGAAGGCUCUUCUCUCCAUGCAAAGCCUCCGAGUGCAGACUCUGUUCAUAUUUUGCUUAAGCAAGCACUACACGCUGAUGACCGUGCCCUUCUAUUCGAGUGCUUAUACACCCAAGAUGAGAAGGUCAUUGCAAAGUCUGUCUCUCAAUUGAAUCCAGCUGGUGUUUUGAAGCUCUUACAAUCUCUCAUAUCUCUUAUUGAGUCAAGGGGUGCAAUUUUGGCAUGUGCACUUCCAUGGCUGAGAAGUCUACUUCUUCAACACGCAAGUGGGAUAGUGUCUCAAGAAUCUUCUUUAAGUGCCUUGAACUCUUUAUAUCAGCUCAUUGAGUCCAGAGUUUCCACUUUUCAGUCAGCUCUUCAACUAUCAAGUGUUUUAGACUUGCUGUAUACAGGGGUUGUUGAUGAUUUGGAUGAUGAGAAUGGCACUACAGGUCCAGUUAUUUACGAGGACAAAGAUAGUGAUGAAGAGGAAUCUGAGGACGCCAUGGAGACUGAUCAAGACAGUGAAGAUGGUGAGGAUUUGGAUGCAGAACUUGGUGGUGUUAGCAACUUUGAAGGAAUUGAAGGACUUGAUGACUUGAGCGAUUGAUCCAACCUUUGAGAUGAUUUUUGUUGUAUUAACUUAUCAGCAAGUUGUACCAAACUACCAAUGACAUUGGCAUUUAUAUGAAUGAAGUUUUGUUACAUGCUUA